UCCCGGCCGGCCGGAGGAGAUGCCCCGGCGCGGAGUUGGCGGCCCGGGCGCCCGGCAGGAGCGCGGGGAGCGAGCGGCGCCGCCGGCCCUGGAAAAGUUGCGUGCCUGCCGGGGGGAAGGCGGGCAGCGGAGGGAGGGGGAAAACCACCACCCCAAAGUGCUUCCACCAAUUUCCCAGCGCUAGACCUGCCUCCGAGAUCAGCCCAAUAAGAGCUGUCAGGGGAGGCUCCCGGCUCACUUUUCCACAUCGCUUCACAGUUACGUUCGGCAGGCAGGCACGGCAGCGCGCUCAGCCCCGGAAUUAGCGGGUUGAUUUGGAAUAUGCCCGCUUUCCUGGAGACGUGCGGCUGCCGCUGGCUCGUGCGAAGGGAGAAAUUAAUAACUGCACGCCAGCAGGCAGGCACAGAGAGCCGGGAAGCCCAGCAACCAGCGGCUCCGCCAGCAUCGGCAGCCUCGGAAAGCACGAGAGGAAAAGCUGGAGCACCCUGCCUGUUCCCAGGCACCGGCUGAUGGCUUUUUACCUCACCCUUUCAAUCCGCGCGUGAAGUGGCUGCGGGCGAGCGGCUCCCUUGCUCCUUGGAGGAGGUGUAGCUGCUACUGAAGGAGGAUUUUAAAGGAGGUCUGAUGACAACAAAGGCAAACUUUCCUGUGACAGCGGGAUCUAUAGUUGUCCCUUACGGGCAUGUGAUUGGAAAUGAGAGGUGGAGAGGGUCAGAGCUAGCCCAAAGGCUACAAGGGAAAGUUAGAGUCAUCUUUGAAGAUGCCUUGGGACUGGUGGACUUUCAUCUUUCAAACAGAACUUGCAUUUUACUUAUUUCCGAAGCAGAUUUGGUUGCAGGGGAUGAAUUCAAACGAAGAUUGGUUAGGUUUAGAAAUGCCAGCAGUCUUAGGGGAAUUGUAAUCGUAGAGAAAACCCCAAUCAGUGGUCAGUACUACCUAGGAGUACAAAAACUUGUUGUACUCGAACUUGGAAUGGUGUUGCUUCCUGUGGCCAAUCAAGGAGAAGCUUCUCAGCUUAUUAUUCAACUAGUGCGGGAGCAGAGCAGGGAUGGCGGCGCCAACCCCUUCCUUGGCAAGCGGCGCGCUCAGCUGGCAGGAGCCGCAGUGCUCCAGGCGGUGCAGCACAUCCCCGGCGUUGGCAAAGCAAAAGCUCUGCUCUUACUGCAGCGCUUUGGAAGCGUCCAUCGGCUUUGUAACGCGGCCAUCCACGAGCUUGAGCAAGCGCUUGGACAAGCAGUAGCACAACAAAUUUAUACUUUUUUGCAUUCCUGACGUGCACGUGCAGUGGUAUUUUGCAAAACUUGGGUUUUUUCUUCUGAAUGAUAAAAGUUUGGUUUUAAUAUUAAAUCAGAAGAUGCUGAUUUCUGUAAUCAUGGCUAGCAGCAACUGGACUCUGAUGCUUCUUUUUUAACAUCUGCUCUGUUCAUAUAGAUUAAGCUGUGCAAAUUGCCUUGGACAGAAGUCUGUAUUUUGCAUCUAUCUGGAACAAAUAAAAACCAAGCAAGCUGUCUUUUUCAA